AUGGCCAGUCCAAGGACGAGGAAAGUUCUUAAAGAAGUCAGGGUGCAGGAUGAAAACAAUGUCUGCUUUGAGUGUGGCGCCUUCAGCCCUCAGUGGGUGAGUGUGAGCUACGGAAUCUGGAUCUGCUUGGAGUGUUCUGGGAAGCACCGGGGCCUGGGCGUGCACCUCAGCUUUGUGCGAUCAGUGACCAUGGACAAGUGGAAGGACAUUGAACUUGAGAAGAUGAAAGUUGGUGGGAAUGCCAAAUUCCGAGAGUUCCUGGAAUCACAAGAGGAUUACGAUCCCUGCUGGUCGUUGCAGGAGAAAUACAACAGCAAGGCCGCAGCGCUCUUUAGGGACAAGGUGGCCACCCUGGCUGAAGGCAAAGAAUGGUCCCUGGAGUCGUCACCUGCCCAGACCUGGACCCCGCCACAGCCCAAGAUGCAGCUGUCCACUGCCCACCGAACUGCUGGCCAGCCCCAGAACGUGACCGCCUACUCCGACAAGGCCUUUGAGGACUGGCUGAAUGACGACCUUGGGUCCUACCAGGGGGCCCAGGAGAACCGAUAUGUGGGCUUUGGUAACACAGUGCCACCACCCAAGAAAGAUGAUGACUUCCUCAACAAUGCCAUGUCCUCCUUGUACUCGGGCUGGAGCAGCUUCACCAGUGGAGCGAGCAAGUUCGCCUCUGCGGCCAAGGAGGGCGCUACGAAGUUCGGAUCCCAAGCGAGUCAGAAGGCCUCCGAGUUGGGCCACAGCCUGAAUGAGAAUGUCCUGAAGCCUGCCCAAGAGAAGGUGAAGGAGGGAAGGAUUUUGGAUGAUGUAUCCAGUGGGGUCUCUCAGCUGGCGUCCAAGGUCCAGGGGGUGGGCAGCAAGGGAUGGCGAGACGUGACCACCUUCUUCUCUGGGAAAACGGAGGAGCCUUCUGACAGACCCCCAGAGGGCAGUGGCUACCAGCAGAGCUGUGGGGACCAUGGCCAGCCUGGCGGCGUGGACCAGAGCUUCUGGGAGACCUUUGGCAGUGCCGACGCCUCCCGGGCCCGCCAGUCCCCGAGCAGCAACAGCUGGACGUGUGUGGAUAACUCGACGGAACGCAGGAGCUCGGACAGCUGGGAUGUGUGGGGCUCGGGCACAGGCUCCAGUCACAGGAACAGCAACGAGGACGGCUGGGAGAACUGGGAGGCCAGCGGGCAGGGUGCUGGCGGCGAGGGCACCGGCGGGGAGGGCCGGGCCAGGGCCACACAGAAGGCCGCACACCCCCCUGCCCCUGCCGGUGAGGGCUGGGACAACCAGGACUGGUAG